AUGUUAUAUAACAAACUUACGGAAGCUACAAGAGUACUUAAUAAUUGCCAAUUAAAAAACAGAGCCGGCUGCCGGCACACAAGAAGGAUGAUAAUUCCGGCGAACCACCAGCUCCGACGUAUAUUCACGGCGGUGAUCCUUGUUUUUCCUGUUCUAGUUUUCGGCCUCCGGAGAACAGACUUCCCUGAUACUUUCGUAUUUGGUUCCGGUUCUUCUGCUUAUCAAGUUGAAGGUGCAGCAUCUGAAGAUGGAAGAACUCCAAGCAUUUGGGAUACUUUUGCUGAUGCUGGUGGAUAUGGAGGCGCUACUGCAGAUGUAUCCUGUGACGCGUAUCAUAAAUACAAGGAAGAUGUAAAACUCAUGGCUGAUACAGGUUUGGAAGGGUAUAGAUUUUCCAUUUCGUGGUCGAGACUUAUUCCUAAUGGAAGAGGUCCUGUUAAUCCCAAGGGAUUGCAGUAUUACAACAAUCUCAUUGAUGAGAUCGUCCGUCAUGGAAUUCAACCACAUGUUACUCUAUGUCAUAGUGAUCUGCCACAAGUACUUGAAGACGAGUAUGGAGGAUGGAUGAGUCGAAAGAUAAUCGAUGACUUCACUGCCUAUGCGGAUGUGUGCUUCAAGGAAUUCGGUGAUAGAGUUUUGCAUUGGACCACCUUGAAUGAGGUUAAUGUAUUCACACUAGGCGGUUAUGAUAAUGGAAUGAGCCCUCCAAAUCAUUGUUCCCCGCCCUUCGGAAUGAGACCCUGCCCUAUUGGUAACUCAUCAACCGAGCCUUACAUAGCUGGUCAUAAUUUACUGCUCGCGCAUUCAGCUGUGGUGAGACUCUACAGGAGAAAAUACAAGUCAACUCAACAUGGUUUUGUUGGAUUAAAUCUCUUUGCGUUUUGGUCUCUUCCUUAUACAAAUAAAACAGCUGAUGUAAUAGCAGCACAACGAGCUAAUGAUUUUUACCUCGGCUGGUUUGUGAAUCCGUUGGUAUUUGGAGACUAUCCCGAUAUAAUGAAGAAGAAUGCUGGUUCUAGAUUGCCCAAAUUCACGAAACAAGAAUCUAAGCAAGUUAAAGGUGCUGUAGAUUUCAUAGCCCUGAAUCAUUAUAUGACACUACGCGUUAAAGACAGCUCCAACAGCCUGGAAAAUGAUAUCAGAGACUUCACUGCCGAUUCAGCAUUUGAAUUUAUAUUGAAAAAUGGCGGUACACUUCCAGGCCAGUAUUCAGCGACAGAACCAGGUCUGCAAGGAGUACUAGAAUAUUUCAAACAAGCUUAUGGAAAUCCACCUAUGUAUAUUCAUGAAAAUGGUCAAAUGACACCACGAAAUGCAACGUUAAAUGACAUAACUCGGAUAGAAUAUCUGCAAGCUUAUAUUGGAAAUUUGCUUGAUGCUGUGAGGAAUGGAUCAAAUGUGAAAGGCUACUUCACAUGGUCAUUUUUAGACUGUUUUGAGUUAUUCAACGCAUAUGAAUCCGCGUUUGGCUUAUACUAUGUGGAUUUGAAUGACAAAGAGUUAACAAGAUAUCCAAAGGUUUCUGCACAUUGGUACUCUAAUUUCUUGAAGGGAAAAAGCUACAAACAUAGAGAUAAAUUACUACUUCAUUCUUCUCAAUGAGUAUCUUUUUUCUUCCUCAAAGUUUGUGUUUACAAUCCCAGUUGGGGAUCUCAAAAAUUUCUCUAUUGCAAACUUUUGCAAAUAAGAUUAAUCCCGUAUCCUUGUACAAGGAUACGUAGACACUAUAUUUUUAUUUUUCAAAUUUUA